GCGCUCGCUGCCACUCGCCCGCGCCGGGAACUUCGGAGCGGCCGGCCGGGCCAUGGGGCCGUCCCCGGGCCGCAUCACGUAGCCGCGGCGCGCCCGGAGAGCCCCGCGGCCCCGAAGCGACGGCCCAGCCCUUCCUGCGUCCCGGCCAUGGGCAGCCGCGGCGGCCCCCUGUGCGCGGCGCCCCCCGCGGUGGCCGAGGGCGGCCCGGCCCACGAGCCGCUGCCGCUGCUGGAGGUGGCCCCCCGCAGGAGGCUGACCGCCGGGCCCGGGCAGGACGCGUGCGGCAGCCGCCCUGCGCCCGAGGGCGCCGGGCCGGGCGCAGAGCGGGGCCACUCGGCCGGUGGCGGCGGCUGGUGCCGCCACUGCCACGCGAAGCUCGCCGAGCUCAAGCGACAGGCGUGGAAGCUGGUCAGCGGGCCCGGGACACCGCUCCGGGACCCAUGCCUCUCGGCUCUGCUUCUCGACAAGCUGCCUGCGUGUCGCCCGGAGGCCGAGCGCCGCUGUGACGUCUGUGCCACGCACCUGACCCAGCUCACGCGGGAGGCCCUGCGGCUGCUGCAGGCGCCCACCGGCCGCGAGGACCCCGACGACCCCUACGGAGGCCCUGGCCUCGCGCCCCCCAGCCCCGGUGCCGCCACCAGCCCGAGAGAUGGAUCAGCACCGGUGGGUCCGGCGGGGAGACAGCCCGGCCGAGUGGGGCCAGACAGGAGGAAGGGGCUGGCCUGGCCGUCCGGGCCCAGUGUCCAGGUGUCCGUGGCGCCUGCCGGCCUGGGCGGGGCCCUGAGCACGGUCACCAUCCAGGCCCAGCAGUGCCUGGAGGGCGUGUGGAGCGUCUCAAGGGUCAACAGCUUCCUGCCACCGACGUGCCUGGCUGAAGCAGCGGUGGCCGCGGUGGCGGUGGCAGACACGGUCCGGGACGGCCCCCCUUCCGUGGGCCCUGAGGGCGUGUCGAAGACGUGGGGCCGUGGCGGGGCCUGCACGGCAGCCCUGGUCACCCCAGCCCCGAGCACCCCCGUGGGGGGCUCCACGGGCCCGUCGGCUGCAGCCUCCUUCUUCCUCAGGGCCGCCCAGAAGCUCAGCCUGGCCUCCAAGCGCAAGAAGCCCCCCCCCCCACCGGCCCCCGCCGCCCGCGGGGCCUCCACCUACCCCACGGACUUCAGCGGGGUCCUGCAGCUGUGGCCGCCGCCCGCACCCCCCUGCCUGCUCAGGGCUGCUUCCAAGGCCAAGGACAACCCCAGCAGUGUCGGAAAGGUGAAGGUCAUGCUGCGGAUCUGGCCCGCGCAGGGGGCCCAGCGCUCGGCCGAGUCCACGUCCUUCCUGAAGGUGGACCCGCGGAAGAAGCAGGUGACCCUCUACGACCCGGCCGCUGGGCCCCCGGGCAGCGCGGGCCCCCGCCGCGCCACCACGGCCGCCGUACCCAAGAUGUUUGCCUUUGAUGCCGUCUUCCCCCAGGACUCAGAGCAGGCUGAGGUCUGCUCGGGGACAGUGGCCGACGUGCUCCAGUCGGUGGUCAGUGGGGCUGAUGGCUGCAUUUUUUCCUUCGGCCACGCGAGCCUUGGCACGUCCUACACCAUGAUCGGGAGGGACAGCGCGCCCCAGAGCCUGGGCAUCGUGCCCUGCGCCAUCUCCUGGCUGUUCAGGCUCGUUGAUGAGCGCAAGGAGAGGACGGGUGCCCGCUUCUCCGUCCGCGUCUCCGCCGUGGAGGUGUGCGGCCGGGACCAGAGCCUGCGGGACCUGCUGGCUGAGGUGGCCUCCGGCAGCCUGCAGGAUGCCCAGUCCCCGGGGGUGUACCUGCGGGAGGACCCCAUCUGUGGGGCACAGCUCCAGAACCAGAGCGAGCUGCGGGCACCCACGGCUGAGAAGGCAGCCUUCUACCUGGACGCGGCGCUGGCCGCUCGCAGCACCAGCCGGGCCGGCGGCAGCGAGGACGCCCAGGGCAGCUCGCACGUGCUCUUCACGCUGCACGUGUACCAGUACCGCGUGGAGAAGUGCGGCAGGGGCGGAAUGUCUGGAGGCCGCAGCCGCCUGCACCUCAUCGACCUGGGCAGCUGUGAGGGGGCGCCCGGCAGGGGUGGGGAGGCCGCCGGGGGCCCCCCCCCUCUGUCCCUGUCGGCGCUGGGCAGUGUCAUCUUGGCCCUGGUCAACGGAGCCAAGCACGUGCCCUACAGGGAGCACAGGCUGACCAUGCUGCUGCGGGAGACCCUGGCCACCGCCGGCUGCCGCAGCACCAUGAUCGCCCACGUCUCCGACGCGCCGGCCCGCCACGCCGAGACGCUCAGCACCAUGCAGCUGGCGGCCCGUGUGCACCGCCUGCGCAGGAAGAAGGUCAAGUACGCGUCCAGCUCCUCAGGUGGGGACAGCUCCUGCGAGGAAGGCCGUGCCCGCCGCCCCCCGCACCUGCGACCCUUCCACCCACGCUCUGCGGCCCCGGAGCCCGACCGCCUGGCCCCCAGCUCGCCCGGAGACCCCGACUGCUCAUCGAGCAGCGAGCAGUCCUGUGACACGGUCGUCUACGUGGGGCCGGGCGGGGCGGUGCUGUCGGACCGCGAGCUCACGGACAGCGAGGGCCCCCCCGACUUCGUGCCCAUCAUCCCAGCCCUGAGCCGCCGCCGCCCCUCCCAGGGCCCGCGGGACGCUGACCACUUCCGCUGCAGCACCUUCGCCGAGCUACAGGAGCGGCUGGACUGCUUCCGUGGGGGCGACGGCCCCCCUGGAGCCCAGGCCAGCCCGGCCCCCAGGAAGGCGGCGGGCUCCCCGCUGGCUGCGAGCACGCCUCGUGGCAGCCCUGGCCCAGACGCGCGUCGGGGCGCCCCGGAGCCCGCCAAGGCGGGCGGUGACCAGAAGGAGGACGGCCGCGCCGGGCCUGAGCUGCCCACGCUGGAUGAGGCCGCCGGGGGCGGAGGCAGGAGGCCGCUGCCCAGUCCGGCCCCCCCACCGCCUCGGCCGCCGCAGGCGGCCGGCGGGGCCCCAGAGGCGCCCGGGGGAGCCGACGGCGCGGGCGUGGCGCGGACGCCCCCCGUGGGCAUGAGCGGGCAGGAGGGCGGUGCCUGCCCGUCCACACGCAGCCGCCACUGGGAGCGGGGCCUGCUGACCGCCACGGUGACCCUGCAGCAGCCCGUGGAGCUCAACGGCGAGGACGAGCUGGUGUUCACGCUGGUGGAGGAGCUGUCCCUCGGGGGCCUCGCCGGCCCCGGGCGCCCCUCCAGCCUGGCCAGCUUCGGCAGCGACUGCUCCCUGCAGGCCCUGGCCUCGGGCUCCCGGCCGGUCAGCAUCAUCAGCAGCAUCAACGACGCGUUCGACGCGCACACGGCGCAGGCCCCGGGCGGGGCGCUGGACGGCGCGGCCCGGGCCCGCGGCGGCCUCGGCGCCUCCGUCCGCUCCUGGCUCAGCGAGGUCGGCGUGUGCACGGCCGGCGGCCUCGGCCCCCCGCCGCAGCCUCCCUCGCGCGCCGGCCCAGACCCCUUCGGCCCCGACCCGCCAGCGGGGCCUGAGCCCCUGGCCUCCCCGAUGCGCGACGGCGCCCUGGAGGACAUCAGCUUUCCGGUCUCAGAGCACGACGGGCCGGACAGUCCCGGCCCCCCCCGGAGUCCUGGUCCCGCGGGGGAGGCUGCCGUAGGUGCCAGCCCGCCCGGCCGGGAGCCCCGCGCCGCGUGCCCACGGCGGGCCGCCCCAGCACAGACUAUCCACUCCAGCCUUCCCCGCGGGACGAGGACGACCUCAGCGGCCAGCCGCGUGGGCUGCCCCCGCCUGGCCCCCGGCCCAUCUGGCUCCGGGGGCCUCUUUGAGGACCCUUGGCUUCUCCGGGCAGAUGAGGGUGGCCUGCCGCCCCUGGCCUCUGCCAGCAGGGCCCCCGGCCCGGCCCCGAUGCUGGCGUGUGCCCGGAGGGUGGUGGACGGCUGUGAGGUGGGCAAGGGGGCCCGCAGGCCGGAGGCCGCGGCUCAGAUCCCACCGCUGCGGAGGGGGGCCACCACGCUGGGGGUGACCACGUCCUCUACGUCCUUCGGGGACUCCCCGGCUGAGAUGGCCGCCUACCCGGGUAGCCCGAAGGCUGUCCCCAGCAGCAAGAAGAGUGUGGGUCCCAAAGGGGGCCUCUGCCCGAGGCCCGGCGGGGUGGCCCCCCCGGCCCCGCCCGUGCGCAAGUCCAGCCUGGAGCACAAGAGCGGCCCGGCGCCGGCCCCUCCCCAGGCCGGGAGCCUGGCUUGGGCCGGGACUGCUGCCUUCCUCCGAGGGGAGGCGGAGGCCAGGCCCGGCGGCCGGGCGGACCACUCCAUCCCCAGGGCCACGUCCAGCCUGAAGGCCCGGGCUGGCAAGGCAGAGACAGCGUGCCGUCCCGCCACCCACGGGUCUCUGGAGCGGUGCGAGGGCCUGGCGCACGGCGGCAGCAAGGCCAGGGAAGCCCCCGGGAGGCCGGCCCGGGCUGUGCCCAGGUUGGGUGUGCCGCCCACCAGCCCCGUGCCUGGGCCCGCUCCUGCCUGUAGGAGCAGCCCGGCCAAGGGCGCGGGGGCCCCCAAGCCCCCCACCAGCGGGAGCAAGGGCCGCGGCCCGGCGGCCGGCGGGUCCAGGGCUCCGGGUGCUUCGGUGAAGCCGCCGGCCCCCGUGGCGGGCAGGACCGCCGGCGGCCCGGUGCUGGGUCCCAGGGUCGCCCCGCGAGCGGUGCCCGGCGUCGGGGCCAAGGCCAGCCGGGGCACCAUCAUGGGCACCAAGCAGGCGCUGCGGGCGGCCCACAGCCGCGUCAGCGAGCUGGCGGCCGGCGGGGGCCACGGCCGGAGCGGCCCCUCGUGGGGCUCGGCCGACUCGGACAGCGGCAACGACAGCGGCGUGAACGUGUCUGAGGAGCGGCCGCCCGCGGGCCCGGCGCUGCCCUCUCCGUACAGCAAGGUGACGGCCCCGCGGCGGCCGCAGCGCUACAGCAGCGGCCACGGCAGCGACAACAGCAGCGUGCUGAGCGGGGAGCUGCCGCCCGCCAUGGGCCGCACGGCCCUCUUCUACCACAGCGGCGGCAGCAGCGGCUACGAGAGCGUGAUGCGCGACAGCGAGGCCACCGGCAGCGCCUCCUCCGCGCCUGACUCCAUGAGCGACAGCGGGGCCGCCUCCCCGGGCGCCCGCUCCCGCAGCCUCAAGUCCCCCAAGAAGAGGGCCACAGGCCUGCCCCGGCGACGGCUGAUCCCGGCCCCGCUGCCCGAUGCCGCCGCCCUGGGGCGCACGCCCAGCCUCCCCGGGCAGUGGGUGGACCUGCCCCCGCCGCUGGCCGGCUCGCGGAAGGAGCCCUUCGAGAUCAAGGUGUACGAGAUAGACGACGUGGAGCGCCUGCAGCGGCACCGCCCGACCCCGAGGGAGGACCCGGCCGAGCCCUCCCAGAACGUGGAAAAGGGCCCGGGGUGCGUCCGCGCGAGGCUGCGGCUGGCGGAGCGCAGGCAGCAGCGGCUGCGGGAGGUGCAGGCGAAGCGCGCGCUGCUCCGCGAGGAGCUGGCUGAGACCCAGGGCCGGCUGAUGGUGGAGCCCGGCCGCUGGCUGCAGCAGUUCGAGGUGGACCCGGAGCUGGAGCCGGAGUCGGCCGAGUACCUGGCAGCCCUGGAGCUUGCCACGGCCGCCCUGGAGCAGCGUGUGAACCGAUGCAAGGCCCACGUCAUGAUGGUCACCUGCUUCGACAUCAGUGUCGCCACCCCUGCCGCCGCCCCGGGGCUGCAGGAGGUGGACGUCUGAGGCUGGGCACCCGGACGUGGGGGCGGGGACGGGGGCGUCAGGGGCUCGAGGACGGGACGUGGGAUGGAGCGAGGAUGUGGCGGGGGUUGGAGCGACGAGGAUGUGGAGGGUCCAGUGCAGGACCGGGGGUCUCGGAGGUGAUGGAGCGUGAGGGAGGGGAGGCGCCGGCCGAGCACCGGACGGAGGAGCGAGGGUGCGGGACACGGGAAGACGGCAGCCCCCAGACAGCAACGCAAGUGCCUUUAACCUUGGACUGGACGUCUCUCCUUUUUGCGUUUGGUGCUAAGGACUCAAGACACCAGCAGACGGUGCACUGGGGCCGCUGCCCUGGUGGUGGCUGUGGCCAUCCAAGGGCCGUGGCCCGGCUGUUUGAUCUGAUCGCGCCUUCUUUACAGUCAAGCAGUUCCAUGUAGCAGGACAGCCCUGGGCUCUCCAGGCUCUGGUUUAGGAUUCAGGGUUACUUUUCCUUCGUAGCAGUUUCCUCUCAGCAGAACCCACCUUCGUGGUCUCCAGACCCUCGGUCGGCGUGUGUUCGCGCCGAUCGAGCCGGUGGGGUCUUCCAGGCAGAGAUGGCCGACCCUCCCUCCCCAGGACCUGCUCUGUCCCGAGGUCACCGGGAGGGCGGCGCCCGAGGGCUGAGCUGAAGGCACCUGGCGCCUUCUUCCACGGCAGGAAUUCUUACCAAAUCCACAAGCAAAAAACAUACACACACACAAAUUAGGGGGUGAGGGUUUUGUAAAGGUUCUGUUAGGUUUGUAUUUUUAUAUCAUUUUGCCUAUAAAUGAGGUAUUUGCAGUGGGAAUUUGAAGACAGAUAAUCUAUGUUUUUAUGGUUUUCUACGGAAGGUGUGCCUCCGGCUGGACUCUCUCUGGGGGGCCCUCGGCCAGGGCAAGGGUCCUCGGGAGGCACCUCUUGCCAAAUGCAGACCGGGGGGAGCCUUCUGACGAGCGGGAUCUGCCCGUCACGACGGCUUCUGUUUUCCGACCGUCGUGUGUUUUCUAGGGUCGUCCAAACCUUUGUACGAACGUGUAGAUAGUAUCUUGCUACAGCUUUUAUUUGUGAAUAAAAGAUGCACUCAUUGUU